UAAUUAAAAGAAAAAAAAGUAGAAUAGAAGAAGAAGAAACAAAAAGAAAAGGGUUGAAUUUGGUAGAGGAAGAAGAAGGUAAGGGAAGGUGUGGUGCUGCUUCAUUUUGUUUGCGUCAAAAUCACCUGAAACACAGAGAGAGGGAUAAAUUAACUGUUACUAAAUCAUUGAUUGGUUCAACUGGGGACAAUUUUUUAAUUAUAUUUUAAGUGAUCAAUUGAAGAAUCAAUUCCUACUCUAUUGGAAUCUUCUCCACUUUUAGAUCUGUGGAUGAAUGACAUAUGUAUCAGCCCAGAAGUGUUCCUAGUUCAAGUUUGGUCAAUAAAAGUUCAUUAGUUCAUGAUCAGCAUUUAGAUUGUGGAGCUAGUACAAUGGACCCCAUCAAUGGAGUGAAUAAUCUUAACAACAACCCGAGUCUUGCUUCAAAGCAACGACUGCGUUGGACUCAUGAGCUUCAUGAACGCUUUGUUGAUGCUGUGGCACAACUUGGUGGACCAGAUCGGGCUACACCAAAAGGUGUUCUCAGAGUCAUGGGUGUGCAAGGUUUAACAAUAUACCAUGUCAAAAGUCAUUUGCAGAAAUAUCGACUUGCAAAGUAUCUACCUGACUCUUCAUCUGAUGGGAUAAAAGCUGACAAGAAAGAGACUGGAGAUAUGCUAUCCAAUUUGGAUGGUUCAUCUGGAAUGCAAAUUACAGAAGCACUCAAGCUGCAGAUGGAAGUUCAAAAGCGAUUACAUGAGCAAUUAGAGGUGCAAAGACAGUUACAGUUACGCAUCGAAGCCCAGGGGAAAUACUUGAAGAAGAUAAUUGAGGAGCAACAGCGACUCAGUGGCGUUCUUGGAGAGGUGCCUGGUGAUAAUGGCCCAGAAUCCGACAAGACUGAUCCAGCAACCCCGGCACCAACUUCUGAGUUACCCAUUAAGGACAAGGCUGCCGAGGAGCGUGCCCCAGCUAUAAGCCUUUCUAUUGAUGAUUCUUUCUCGCCUCGCCAUGAACCAUCGACUCCAGAUUCACGUUGUAACGCUGGUUCCCCAGCUGAAAGCCCUAGAGGUGAGAGGUCAACAAAGAAGCAGCGACUGGGCAUGAGCGCAUCAUAUAGUAAAUCAGAGAUGGUCCUUACACAUCAGAUACUGGAGUCGAGCCUAAACUCUUAUUCCCAGCCGCUAUCUGUCCUUUUGACUCGAGAUCAAUAUGACCCAUCAACUGGAAUGUCUAUCGGAAAUGAUGAACAAAUAGAAAAGGUUUCUGAUGGCGAUGCUUAGUUUUGCCUCAAGACCUGCCUCGUCACUAUUUUUAUUUAGAUUUGCCCAUGUAAUUUCUAAGAAUAUAUUGUCAAGCAGGUUAAACCCAUCAGUGUUAGAUAUAUCAGAUAAUUAGGCCGAGGAAAGUUUAGACUGUCAUAAGCUUCAGUUUGUUCAUCUGAUAAUAGACUGGCAUUGUGAAUGGAGAUGGGUCAUUCAGUUGAAAUGUGAUAAUACAUCUAUCAAUGCUUGAAAUAUAUUUCAGGCAUUAAAAUUAUAAGCCACUCAUAACGAUUUUGUGUUUGAAUUGUAAUUUAUCAAAAAUAAAUCUUAGCCAGCUUUUGCGCGA